AUGGCCAACGUCGAGGCGAACCAAAAGUCCGCCAUCGAGGGGGCUGACAUCGCGGACGUCGCGCCAGAGCCUGUGACACCGACGACAUCCAUUGAGGAAGCCAAGCGUUCUUCAGACGAAUCUUCUGCCCCGAGUCGAGAUGUCCUUUACGCCGCCGGAGUCGGCCUAAGACCCGAUGAUCCUACCUUGCCAUGCUUGACUAUUCGCAUGUGGGUGAUCGGUAUCGGGUUCUGCCUACUAGGUAGCGGCAUCAACACUUUGUACACAUUCCGAUUCCCAUCCAUCAGUCUCUCCCAGUCGGCGAUCCAAUUUCUAGCAUACCCUGUUGGGAAAGCAUGGGAGUUUGUCGUUCCCGACUGGGGUUUCAACAUCAUGGGUCAUCGCGUCCGCCUGAACCCAGGCCCUUUCAAUUACAAGGAAAACAUCCUGGUCUAUAUCAUGGCCAAUCUCAGCUUCUUGACCCGGUUGAGCGCCGAUGUCUUGACCGAACAACGCAUCUUUUACGGGCUGAAAGCGGGCUGGGGAUUUGAGCUUACCGUAACACUGGCCACAAUUCUUUAUGGAUUCGCUUUGGCUGGGUUGUGCUACGCGUUGGUUGUUGAGCCUCCGGGAUUGCUAUGGCCCGGCGUCCUUGGAAACACGGCUCUCAACGCCGCAUUGCAUACUGGCAAAAGAGAGGACGAGACUGAGGCAAAAUGGACGGCAUCUCGCUACAAGUUCUUCAUGCUCGCCUUCAUUGCCUCGUUCUGCUGGUACUGGUUCCCAGACUUCAUCUUCCCUGCACUGGGCUACUUCACCUGGGUCUGCUGGAUUGCCCCGAACAAUGCGGUUGUCAAUCAGGUAUUCGGCAUGAAGAGUGGCAUUGGUUUGCUUCCGUUCACGUUCGACUGGAGCCAAAUUGCCUAUAUUGGUUCUCCGCUCGUUGUUCCCACAUGGGCAAUUCUUAAUAUCCUAGCGUCUUUGGUGUUCUGGAUCUACAUCGUCUCUCCCGCACUUUACUACUCAAACACCUGGGACUCGGCCUACUUGCCUAUUCAGAGCAAUUCCAUCUAUGAUAACUUGGGAAAGACGUUUAACGUUUCCAGAGUGAUCAAUAAAAAGGACGACUUUACUUUUGAUCCUGUCAAGUACGCCAACUACUCGGACAUCUACCUUCCCGUUACAUAUGCUCUCAACACCUUUGGUCUUUCGUUUGCCACCAUUGCAUCACUCUUUGUCUGGUUGUUCCUCGAGAAGCGCCGACACAUUGCAGCUGCGUUCAGAUCCACCCAGCUUUCUGCUCUUCUCGGAGGAAAGAUCAUUCCCAGACACAACCCUCAGCCAGGCUACAAGGCUGUCCCGCUUUGGUGGUACUGGAUAACUGCGCUGCUUGCUCUGGGCUUUGGGAUUUUUGCAUGCGAAUUCUACCCAGUUCAGCUUCGCUGGUAUGGAGUCAUUCUGUCGUUCGCAGUGUCUGCCAUCUUUUUCGUUCCUCUUGCGUGGGUCUAUGCAACAACGAAUAUGAAGAUUCAGAUCGAUAUCUUCUGUCGCAUCAUCGCAGGAUAUAUCUGGGAAGGCAAAGUAUUGGCCAACAUCUGGUUCUUCAACCUUGGCUACAUCUCUGGCAUCAAGGGCCUGGCGUUUGCACAGGAUUUGAAAUUGGGCAUCUACUGCAAUAUCCCACCUCGGAAACUAUUCCUCGUGCAGUCAGUAGGCCUUGUCAUCGGUUCUCUGGGCCAAGUCUCCGUUCUCAACUGGGCUCUCAACCACAUCCCAGGUAUCUGCUCCACCGAUGCCCCCAACGGCUUCACGUGCCCGUUCUCUCGCACUCACUUCAACACCAGCAUGGUGUGGGGUGCUCUCGGUCCUCGCCGCUUCUUCGCUGAUGGCGCGAUGUACCGCUCGCUGCUAUGGUUCUUCCUCGUCGGCGCCGUCCUGCCCGUGGUCGUCUACGUGGUGAGAAAGAGAGUUUUCCCCGAGGCCAAGUGGCUGAAGAAGGUCCACGUCCCGCUCUUCCUCGGCGGGCUCAACUACAUCCCUCCGGCGUCCGGAACCAACUAUGGUAGCUGGGCGAUUGUGGGCCUCGUCUUCGGUUUGCUCAUCAAGAGAAGGCAGACGACUUGGUGGAGACGAUACAACUUCGUUCUCAGUUCAGCCCUGGACUGCUCAGUUGCCAUUGCUGGAAUCUUUAUCUUCUUCGCUAUUUUUUACACUGGUGCUUCCAAAAAGCUCAGCUGGUGGGGUACCGAAGUUCAUAAAGAUACCUGUGACUGGAAGAGUUGCACUUACAUCAGCCGAAGCGCUCAUAAGAGUGCCUAG